AUGUCAAAUUUCAACUUAGGAAAAAAGCUUUUACCAUCUAAAAAAGCAUGGAAGAGCUUCACCAACAAGUUACAAUCAAGAUUACACAAGCUCAAGCUUUCAAAAGCUAUCAAAAGUUCUAAAAACCUUUGCAUUAGAGCUUACAACUACAUUUUCCCAAUUAUUACUCGAAAAUUCUACUCCUUGAUCAAUCGUUCUUCACCACCGCGUACUCGUCGAAAUUUUUAUCAUAAUUACUACCAAUACCAACAAUGUCACAAGGGUACUUCACCUAUAUACGUGGACCAACUCUUCCCCGAACCUAUACAGAAAUCGGAAAAAACUCAUAGUCGUAAAAUAUCCGCGCCUCAGGCUAAAGAAUUCGUUGCUUCAAGUAGCAAUGUUAAUGUUAAUAGAAGAAGAUUGGAUCAAGAAGAACAAGAGAUUAUUUUGAGGGCUAUUGAAAAAAAUACUACUUUGAAAAAAGGUAAAGUCGUCAUUGAGAGUGGUACUAAUUAUAGAACAUGUGAUAAUAUUGAUGAAUGGAGAACUCCUUCAAUGCCACAUAUAAAUGGAGUGGAUAGAAGAGCUGAAGAAUUUAUCUCUAAGUUUCGUGAAGAUAUGGAGCUUGAAAGGCAACAAUCCAUUCUUGAUUUUCAAGAAAUGUUGGCUAGAGGUGCUUAA